AUGCAAUCCCUGUCGCUCACCAAGAGGCUCUCCAAUUCCAAGCUUCUCUUCAGAAUCUCUUCCAACCUCGUCGCUCACGCAUCCUCCGCCACCGCCUCUCCCCCCUCUCCACCGCCACCGUCGCCUUCGAUCCCCGCCUCCUCUGCUCUCGCCAACCUUCUCACCGCUCCGUGGUCCACAACUCAGUCCCGCGGAAUCGCUCUCUCUGGAUCUGACGUUAGAGUUGGGAAUCUCAUCGGAAACCGAGGUUUAAAUGUUUUCGCGUUCUUAAACUCUAUCGCUCCUGUGAAGGAACUGGCAAAACCCCACUUGAGGUUCCGACUCACACUGUAG